AUGGACUCUGAUGGCGAAUACGCUGUCGAGAACGAAGCGCAGUUCUGGGCGGGACUCGACGAUAUCCUUGCGGCUUCAUACGACACAUCCGAGCUGAUUGACGACGCGCUGCGCGCUUUCUUGGCUUUCACGACGAACUUCAAACAGGAAUAUCUCCAGUCCGAGUAUGAUAUUGCACGGUGCUGCUAUAGACUGCUGGACGCGGCAAUCUUCAAGGACAACCAGGACUAUGUGCGACGGCAGAUACUGUAUUGCUUAUUACAGGAGGACGAUGCAGAUACACUACACCUCACCGCAGCCGUGCUGCUGUUCGAUGGGCGCGCGAAUGAAGCUGCGUUUGAAAUGAUGCAAGCGGAAAGCGCAUUUCCGCGACUGGUGGAGUUGGUACGRGCGAGACGAGACGACGAGAUUGGCCUGCACCGACUAUUGCUGGAGCUCCUGUUUGAGAUGUCCCGCAUCCAAAAGCUGUCGAGAGACGAGCUGAUGACCGUGGACGAUGCCUUCAUUCUGCACCUUUUCCAACUCAUAGAGGAGCUUUCAGAUGACGCUGAUGAUCCCUACCACUAUCCCAUAAUCCGAGUUCUGCUGGUCUUGAACGAACAAUACAUGUGUCUCGCGAAUGCGCCGAGUUCGCCAGGUGAUGGGCCGAUUGCCCUAACAAAUAGAAUUCUCAAGCUGCUUUCCAUGCAUGGACCUGCAUAUCGGACGUUUGGGGAGAAUCUCAUCCUUUUGCUGAACCGAGAAUCGAAACUUGGUCCGCAGCUCUUGAUCCUCAAGUUGCUUUACCUGUUGUUCACGACGCCAUCAACCUAUGAGUAUUUCUAUACCAACGACUUGCAUGUACUGGUGGAUGUGAUUAUCCGGAAUUUACUGGACCUUGAUCCUGUCAGCGACCAUUCACCGCAUCUUUCUGACGGGGUAGACAGAGACGGACAACGGGCACUGCAACACACGUAUUUACGCGUUCUUUGCCCGCUGUUACGAAACACACAACUUUCCCUCGAUGGUAAUCAUUAUAAACGCGAAGAGGUCCGUAGACUGUUGUUUCUGCUGGUUAACAAGUCUUCGGCACAUUUUGCACCUGUGGACGCCACUGUCCUCCGACUCGCUGUAAGGAUCAAGCAGAUUGAGUGGCUGAGAGAGGCAGGUGACGAGGAAGAUGAUGCGAUGGAACAGCAAUUGUUGGAAGCCGCUCCGACAGAUGCACAAGUGGCCAAGAAGCUUCUCGGCAUGUCGCUUUCGGAUGCAGGAGAGAGCAGUCUCAGUGUGGUGGAGGUAUCGGCCAAAAUUGCAAAGGAAAAGCCUAGUGUACCUGCACCUAGGCGUCGACGACAAGGCUCCAAGGCGAAUGGAGAAUCAUCAAAUUCUAACGGUCCGGAUACUGGUGAUCUACUGAGAGUGCCACCAAAGGGUGUUGACUUACCCCGUGGGGACACAAGGAGCCCUUUUUCAGAUGAAAAUGCGGAGACCUGA